AGAUUCAUUCAUUCACGGAAAAGCAAAAGCUUCGGUCGAGGAUUGUGCCGCACAUGGGGAUACCGGUCUGGAAACGCGCGGCGGUGGGUGGACGUGGAUAUUGGAUGUAGUGGACCUCCUUUGCGAACUCUUUUGCAUUUUACAUUGGUCCACACAUCGCCAGCACUUUGACGACACUGCCGCGAAGGUGGCAAGGCGGCGGAAAAGUGGAAAAGUGGGUGGUGGUGUUGUUUUUUUGAUUGCCUUACAAUGGCAACGCAUCGGUCGGCACUGCGUCGCAAUAAAGCCACUUCGAUGGCAUCGGCAUCGUUGGAUAUAUAAAAGCAUAAUUGCUGCGAGCCAGCGGCUUAAUCGCAAUCAGGAAGCUGAAGUGUCAACAACUCGCCAAAAUAACAAAUCGAAUAACAUGAAACAAUAUUUUUCAAGUAUGCUACAAAUGCCAAAAUAAAAUAUUACGACUGUAUAAAAAUGAUAACAAUAAACGCAAAUAAAUAAUAUAAUAAAGUAAUUAUAUAAUAAAGUAGACUUAAAAAUAAAUGGACUUGUAACAAAUUAUCCAAAGUUGUUUUUAAAUAUUUAAACUAUUAAAAAAUCCUCAAAAAGUACAAAGGAUAAACCAGCUAACAUUCGUCAAAUAUACAUGUUUACAACGUAAAGAUUUCGAAUUUUUUUUGAGUAAUUAAUAAUAAAUUUUACAAAUUAUUUAAAUCAGUGUGUAUACUUAAUGUUCCUAACAUAAAAGAAUAAAUAUAUUUAAAAAUUAUUAUAAGCAAAUUUAAAGCGGUGCGUGUCGUGAAAUACAUUUGAAUACAACAUGAAAAUCUAGCACAACAAAACAAUACAGUUUUGAGGAAAACAAAAACUUGUUUCGCCCAACGACAAUUGCUCCUGGUAUCUGCCAUGAAUGCCACCUCGCCAAAGUCAUCGCUGGUCAAGUUGGGUCUGCAUACCAAUAAACAAAAGACUCUGAAGGUUAUGGUCCUGGGCCAAAGUGGUGUGGGAAAAACGGCCAUGGUGGUGCGUUUUAUUACCCGUCGCUUCAUUGGCGAGUAUGAUCCCAACCUGGAGAAGAUUUACACCUGCCAAACCACGCUGGACAAGGAGCAGAUUCAGUUUGACAUUCUGGACGCCACCGGUCAGCUGCAAGAACUAGAUGGAGUCAGUCUGGAGUCCAAUAUCCGCUGGGCCGACGCAUUUAUCCUCAUGUACUCCAUCACAGACAAGUGUUCCUUCGAUGAGUGCAGUCGCCUGAAGUUCCUCAUCAACUACAACAAACGCAGACGCAAACUGGGCUCGUCCAGCAAAGAAUACACACUGGAUAUUCCUGUCAUUUUGGUGGGCAACAAGACGGAUCAGCCGGGCGACCGAAUGGUCAGCUUGGAGGAGGGUCAGCGGCGAUUCAGGGAGUUAUCCUGCGCCUGUUUCCACGAGAUUUCCGUCAGGGAGAGCGUGGAUCAAGUGCAGAAUGUUUUUCGCGACGUCUUUCGCUUUUGGCGAGUCUUCAGCAAAUUUCCCAAGCUCAAGCGCUCCACCAGCGACGUGGCCAACACGGAUGGCAUCCUCACACCCGAUUCGGGCUCCUGUUCCUUCUACGAUGCCUCCUCGCUGGGCGUGGGUCGACAUUCCUUUCUGGUCAUCGGUAGCGCCUGCUUGGAGGAGAGCAAUGGCGAUCACACGGAGUCCACGGAUGAGAUUGCCAGCAGCAGUUUGAGCAGCUCGCGCAGCGACAUCGAUGCCCCCUUCCGGAGUAGAGCUUCCACGGAUGGAACCCUAUUGUCCCGACCACGGAGAUGGCGCUAUCCACCGCCGGGCUGUCUACUGCCGCACACGAAUCGCGUGGAGCGACGGAUGAGCAUUUCCACCAGGGGCAGCAACGCCAGUUACUAGAUGGGUCCGAGCUUAGUUAGCCAAAUUAUGUAGCGACAAGUAUGAGUAUAUAGCUAGGUGUUAUCGUCAUGGAAAAUAAUAAAGCUUUUCCUGGUAUCAAA